UUGUCAAGUUUGAUGACAACGACUAUAUUUUGUAUGAAUGUGCAGUAACUACGUGUGGUGUAGAUCAAGCCAGACUAAACAGUUUACCAACAAUGGCAAGAUCUGUUCCUUACAAGGAAGGAAUGCUAAUUGGAGAUCUUUACGAUGGAAAAAUUUGUAAUAUUGUAAGAGACUGUCAAUACAGAGUUCGAGGGUCAACUGAUUUAAAUCGAGAAACAACGGUCAAUGAAUGGAGUUCUUGCUUUUCUCUGGUGGAAUCUUUUGAUGAUGUCUGUGAUGUUUUGAUGAUACCUAAAGAAUACGCCCUUAAGGCUCAGACUAGUCACAUCCAAGACGAGAUGGUGAAACAGGCGCUGCUUGGGCUCGAAGCACCAAACUCACUGAUGCUUAUUUUAAGACAAACUUUUGUUAAGCAAAGAAUUAGUUUGCAGAGGGACGAUUCCUCCCUUACGGAACAUUACAGAGAUUUUAGAUCAGACAAUGGCCAACAAACAGCAACACAUUGGGUCAAAGGUUUCGACGUUGGUAACGAGAUCAUUGUAAUUUUACAUUUCUAUGGCACUGAAAAAGACGAAAUCGAUGGAAUUAGAGAAGAGUUUAUGGACAUUCUGAAAGAACAAAGCGAAGGAUUAACGGAGGCAAAAAUACUGAAAAAACUUGAGAAGAAUGCAAAAUGGAUUGAUAGAAAUUUAGAAAAAAAAUUGUUUAAAGAAACUAAUUGUAAGAUACAUAUCAAUGGUCCCAAUUCAAUAAGCAAAGUAGAAGAAACAGUUAAAUUACUGAAAACUUUUUAUGAGUCUAAAAAUAAAUGGAUCGAUAUAGAAGAAUUUACUACCAUUUCUCGGAAGAAACCGCUUCAAAAGACAGAUCUCGAAUGUGUUAAGAGCGAAACUAACACAUUUCCAGAGGCUGAAUUUUUCAAGCUCAGAGCUGAAAUAAAAAUGUUUAAUAAUAACGAUGCGAGGAUUAAAAGUGUUGUCUCUGCUGACGGUCCAGAGGCUGGGAAUGUUUACACGAAUUUACACACAUUGUUGGUGGGAUGUUCAAAAGUGGUUCAAAAAUUGGAGUGUUUGCUCUCGAAGAAAGAAUUCCUCUUUAUUGUGAAAGAAGAUGCAAGUGCACACAAGAAAUCUUUAAUCCAGCUGGCAAAGAAAGCUCAAAUGGUUAUAGCACAACUUGACUUACAGUUGAUAGAUAUAGAAGACCUGGGUUGGGUCAAAGAUGAAAAAAAUCGACCAAAUGUCAUUGAAGAUUAUAUUGAUAUAAAAACCCACACACUUCCUCCAGGUGAUGACAUACAACUAAUCGUAGUUGGGAAAAGUGGUCACGGGAAAAGUACAACAGCAAAUCGUAUUUUAAGAAAAGAAGUAUUCACAACAGGUUCAGGAUUUACCUCGAUUACCAAUGAUUCAAAAAUCGAAAGUUCAUUAGUUGAUAAUCGCUUUCUAACAUGCGUUGACACUCCUGGAGUCUUUGAUUCACAACUUGGUGAUGAUUCAACAAUAUACUCAGCCAUGAUAGAAGCCAUUGGUAAAGGAAUUUCGAGGUGCAGUAAAGGUUUUCAUGCAAUCAUAAUUAUUAUUAGCUAUAAUACAAGAAUCACGCAAGAGGAAAUAAAAUGCAUUGAGAUGCUGCUAUCAUUUUUUGGGAAAGAUGCUCUCAAAUCACAUGGAAUUAUCGUGAUGACUUACGGAGAUAACUUCAAAACGGAUGAAAAGAAUACCAAUCUAUCAUUCAUUGAUUGGCUGAGCAGCCAGGAAAAUAAAUAUGCUCAAGAUCUAUUACAACAAUUCAAUAAUCGAUGCGUAUUAUUUGAUAAUUCAACAAAGGAUGUGGAACUGCGACAGGAACAAUUAGUUCUUCUGAUAAAUCACAUAGAUAAAUUGGGGGGUUCACUCUUAACAAAUGAGUUAUUUGCAAAGGCACGAGAACUAAGAGCAAGCUUUAUUAAAGACAGCAUCUAUUUAGAAGAUAUAUUUAUACAUGCUUGUGAUUCAAUCUUUAAAGAUUUGAGUGUGUUAAAAAAUAAUGCAACUAUUGAAGAAAAUACUGUUAAAAAAAUAGAACGUCUUUACCUAAUAUUAGGAACCCCAACAUCCGGUGAAAUAGUUGCACUGCACAUAGCUUUGGGUGAUGUUAAAUCUGAAUACAAUUGGAAGAUGUUUUCAGCCCAGGCACUUAUUAAAAGUGAUAAGGCUGUUCAAUCACUACUUAAAUGCUUAACAGGAAUUGUUGACAAAAAUGAAAAGACUUUAUGGGAGGUAUUUAAAGAGCUUGUAAAGUUAAUACCAUGCUUCCCCGGAAGCUCCUUAGCUUACCUUGAAUGUGGAAGAGCUAUCAAAAUAGAAAACUUGACGACCGGAAUGAAAGUUUUAGCUUUUGAUGAAAACAAAGGAAUUAUCUACGAUGAGAUCUACAUGUUUGGGCAUCAAGAGAAAGAUGUUCAAGCAUUAUUUGUUGUACUUCAAACUGAAUCUGGACAAGUCACACUUUCACAAGAUCAUCUUAUUUUAUGUAGAAAAAACAACAAGGAAGAUUUUGUUGCUGCAAGUGUUGUCGGAGUCGGAGAUGAACUUCUUACAAGAGCGGAUCCAGGCUUUGGUUGGUCUAAGGUGGUAAAAAUAACCUACAAAUUGGAGAGAGGCAUGUACGCACCUUUCACUAGAAGCGGCACAAUUGUGGUUGACAGUGCUGUGGCUUCCUGCUACAUUGAUGUGCUACCACAUCACGUUAGCCACAUGAUGCUGUCACCUAUGAGAUGUCUGUACAGGAUGUCACCAUCAGUGUUAAGUCAUAUCAACGGUGCACCUGAUGUCUAUCCGGUUCCACCUUGGGCACGUGCAGCGCUCAAACUUUUGGGAUACGAUAAAAGAAAACACAUAAAAGAUGAAUGAAGCUAGCACACACCAAAUACUAAUAGGUAGUUGGCGUGAAGUUCCAUUUCUAUUUAAUGAUGCUUAAAUGUAGCAAUUUUUCUUUUAAUUACUGACACAACAGAAUACAAUUUUAUACAUUAAAUUUGUAGCUUUAUAAAAAUCGUGUGAUAUAUAUUAUUGCUAUAAAACGCACGCUUAGUAAAUUGAAAACGAA